ACCCAAUCUCUUCGUCCUUGGAACCUGAGCCCUUUCACACUGCCCAGGCAGCGGCUUGCUCUCCACCAAUCAGCCCUCCCGAUCCCUGUGACUAUCGUCUUGCCGUUGCUGGUACCUGUCUGGGCGCUCGGCCAACUUCAGUCACACCUCCAAGAAACAACACGCACGCUAGUUGGGUACGAGGCAGCCUGCAGACGCGACAUCAUCGGACAUCCUCUGCUGCGGGCCCUAUAUCAACUACCACGUCCUCCGUUGUUGCAUUAGUUCUCUAGACCCUUCGAGCUUACGACUCUUCACACCUGCUCUUGAAUAAAGCUCCGACACUCCCAGAACUGCAACCAAAGCACUCUUUAUACCUCCUCAGGCUAGAAACAUCACCACCACGUCUACUCUCAACACCACUUUCAACCAUCACCAUGUUCUCUUGUGUCAACUACGAGCGAGGAUGCCGCGGUCGCUGCAAUGCCGAAGGCGCCCGCUGUGAGAGCUGCGUCACGCUCAACCUCCAGCAAAUCCGGACCCCCAGCUCCUCCUCUAUAUCCUCCAUCUCAUCGACAUCCUCGGGCUACUCGGCCCUGACGUCUUCUUUCGCCUCGCUCUCACAGUACAGCUCCGCCAAGGGUCGGUAGCUGACUCCAAGCAUCCAAUCACCAACCACCCGCCACUUUAGAUCAAGUCAUUGGACAAUGGACAGGAAGCUCACUUUAUCCCUCCAUCACCAUUCCGGACAUCCACGACAAACACCUCGCACCUCCAGAGACGACUCGCGCGGCCCGCCUCAUUGGCUGGGCACAACUGGCUGACUUGCUUUUAUCAAUGCAAUGGAAUCACGGCAUGCGCACGCCAGCAUGCAUAUGCACCGUACAUUCGGCGCUGCAUCCAUCUCUUCAGACCGACAAAUUGGGGCGCAGAGCAACACAUGCAGCAUUUACGGGAAAGCCUUAGGCAGGACUCAGUCAUCAUUCAUGUACCAAUACCCUCCUGUUCUUCAGGGUUGUUUUUUUUGGGUUUUUUUUGGGGGGGUUUUUUUUAAUAGCGAAAUACACAAGCGCAGGCGCUGGGAAAGGAAAUCUGGAUUCUGGCGUUGGUCGGCAUAGCAUCUACA